UCGUCUCACAUGUGUCAAUUUUAUUGUCAAAAGUGACAUUUGACAAUUUAGUAUUGUCAUACGUCAACGGGAAAAUAACUUCAGCUUUGCUGGAAAAUGUCAUUCGCCUUGUAUGCAUUUUGUUUUUCUUUUGUAAUAAAUAUUAAUUGGCUUGCUAAAAACAAGUAAUGUUAGAAAAUUUGAUCAUCCUUUCAAGCAACAUUUUUUAUAGUUAAACGUGAUGUAGUAGUGGACAGCAAUAAUUUUUACAGAGGACAAAUUGGAUGUGUUAUAGAAAUGGCCGAAACGAGUACAAUGAACUCCGAUAAUAAAGUGGAGCAGAACGAGAAGAAACAAGACAUGGAGGAUAUUAAGACCGAGACUGAAGUGCAGGUGAAGCACGAGCAGUUGGAAUGUAUAACGUGCGCGACCCGCAGCCACGACUGUGUGGAUAUUUACUCCACGAGAACUGUCGCGUCCGGUGCUAAAGUCAGCACCUACCUGCACAAAUAUACGCAGAUUGAACUGGACAGCCUGCAGGCCUGCUCCAAGUACAUGUGCAAGACUUGCUACGACCUCAUCAACGUACUUGAGCAGGCCGAGUUAGAAUACUAUAAGCUUAAAGAAACUUUUGAAGCUAUCAUUAGUAAGAACCCAUUGUUUGAGCCACACGGAGCUCAACCGGUCAAGCUAAACGCAGUAAAAGCCGAGUUCGAAUGUGAUGACGAUGAUGAUGACUAUGUAUGUGACAAUUUGGAUGGGGAUGAUUCAGAUGACGAACCGCUGGCGACACAGAGCAAACGAAAGAGAUACAAACUUGAAAAGAAAAAGAAAAAAGUAUCUUCAAACAAACGCAAAAGUAAAGCUAACAGUGACAGCUGGAGGUGUGAUGAGUGCGGAGUGAAGGGGUCGUCGGGCGGUGAGGUCGCGCUCGCCACACACAAGUUGGCCGUACACACACUGGAAGACACCGCCGCCGUGCUGCCUGAGGUCAAAAUUGAGAACUCUGCUGAAGGGUCACAAAGUCCUCUGUAUAACAAUGGCUACGGGAACUGUCUCAAAGUGGAGAUAGAUAAUUGUGAAGACUAUAGUUUAGCCGUGGAUGACCUUAGCAAUGAUGCACAACCUGUCAAAAAGAAACUCCUUGGCCGACCAGUCAAGACAAAAAUGAAAACAACACAGGCCCGAAGUAAAAAAGUAAAAGUCAUCCAUCAGUGUGACCAGUGUGAUGCUAAAUAUUCUUCAUUGGCCCGCCUGGAGCAACACAAACAGAAGCACGACGGGUCGAAGCCGCCCUACAUCUGCGAGGUCUGCGGGGCGCACUACAAGCACAAGCGGGCCUGCGACAUACAUAUCGCAUUGCAUAAAGGUAUAAGUGAUUGGAAAUGUGAAGAGUGCAAUAAGUUGUUCCCGUCCAAGAAUGCGCUGCAGAGGCAUAAUAAUAUACAUACUGGCAAGUUGAACUAUCAGUGCGACCUGUGCGGCAAGUCGUUCAUCCACACGUCGUCGUUCAAGAUGCACAAGUUGUCCCACUCGGGGCUGAAGCCGCACGCCUGCGACGUGUGCGGGCUGGCCCUCAUGACGCGCUCGCACCUCAAGCGCCACAAGCGCGUGCACAGCGGGGAGAAGCGCCACGAGUGCGCCGUCUGCGGGAAGAGGUUCUCCGAGCGGUACAACCUCGCCGCGCACGCCAAGUCGCACGACGCGCCCGGCGCGCCGCCCGCGCAGCCGCGCCGCCAUCUCUUCCGCUGCCCCUACUGCCCCGAGCGCUUCGAACGACGCUACAUGUUGGAGCGGCACGCGUCGUGCGCGCACGGCCGCACGCUGGAGCGGCCGCCGCCCACGCCGCGCAACACCAUGAGCAAACUGCUCAAGGCGCAGGCACAGCGCGCCCUGCCGCACCACGCGCCCGCCGCGCUCGCCAACGGACAGAAUGCCGAUACAAAAGACGAUCGAAGUUCAGACUCCCGCACCACACCCAUCACCCCUCAAAAACUUAUCGCACAAUUAUCGUCGUCUAGUUCAGUAGUGGGCGGCACGUGGGGCAGUUCGUACGCCGCGGAGUUCCUGCGACACGAGUACCCACACUGACACAACACUGUCUAACACACACACACACACACAUGCAUCACAUACACCUGUAUAGAGUAUAUCACAAUCACACUCACAUCACAUCUGAAUAGUUGUCAUCCAUACUACAAUAGCAAUAUUCUAUAAAAUAAAACAAUGUUGAAGACACAUCUACAGUCUGCAACCCCCAGGAACUGUUAUUUUACAGGAGAAAUUGUUGGUGUCUAAACUAUUUAGUAAUUGCACAAAUAAUUUAAUUUGUUAGCAUCACAAGUAAAGAGUUUGCCCUAAAUAUUCAACAAUGACUGAUAGAAUCUCCAUUAGGUAAUGACUUGUAUUGAACAAUUUACAAUAUUUACACAUCUAGGUACAUAACUAGAACAAAUGAGAUAACUAUAAACCAAUUCUUCCAAUUAACUCAAGUCUUGCAUGAAAUGAAUAUAUCCAAAUGUAAAUACUUAGUAUAGUCAGCCUAAACACAAUUAGACUAGAGAAAUAUUAUUUACUUUUAACAUAUUAUACUGUAAAAAUAUUAUAAAUAUAUAUUA